ACACACACACACACACACACACACACACACCUGACGCCAGUGUGAAUCAGGUCCAGAGGGAAGGAGGACUACCUGAAGCAGAUCGACCUGAAGUGGAUUAUUCUUCCCGACGAGUCCAGGUUUGAGCCUGACCUGAGUGAGAAGAUGGCUGAAGUGGACUCUGAGGUCCCGUUCUCUCUGCUGAGUCUGGAGGACGAGCUGACCUGCAGCAUCUGUCUCAGUCCCUUUGACUGUCCUGUGACGAUCCCCUGUGGACACAACUUCUGCCAGGACUGCCUCCUGGCCACCUGGAAGGACUCCUACUGCUGUCCUCAGUGUCGGACCCACUUCGCCACCAAACCGGAGCUGAAGAAGAACACGGUCCUCAGCACCGUGGUGGAGACCUUCAACAUGAGGACCAACAAGAGUGACCCUGGCCUGCUGUCGGGGGAGAGCAGAGCCCAGGACCAGGACCGGGACCAGGAGCAGGAGCGGGCUGUGAUCCGCUGUGAUACCUGUAUGGAAGCAGAGGCGUCCCAGACCUGUCUCACCUGCAUGGCCUCUUACUGUGAGGACCACCUGCGCCCUCACCGGGAAAACCCCAACCUGAGCUUCCACCAGCUGAGUGAGCCUGUCGGAGACCUGUCGGAGCGGAUCUGCUCAGACCACCACAAGCUGAUGGACUUGUUCUGCAGCCAGCAUGGCCGUCCCAUCUGCAGCUUCUGCCUCCAGCAGGACCACAAAGGCUGCUCCUUCAUGUCCCCCGAGGACCAGAGGAGCCUCAAACAGUCUGACCUGAGCAGCAAGUUGGAUCUGCUGGACGGGAAGAUCACAAAGAAUAAGAGUAUUAUAUCUCAGAUGAUCGACUCUGAGAACAGGCUGAAGGACUCAUCCACCAGCAGGAAGAAGGUCCUGGCAGCUGAGUACCAGCAGAUGAGGGAUAUAUUGGUGAAAGAGGAGCGUGAAGCUCUGAAGGCAGUGGACCGUGAGCUGGAGAGUGGUCAGACCAAAUUCAAGGGUCUCACAAAGAAGUUCACUGAGAACAUCGAGAACUUGACCAAAGCUAAAGGAGACAUCCAACGUCAGCUGGACCAGUCCCAGACUCUGGCCUUCCUGCAGGCUUCAUUUAAACUGCCCCAAGCCGCGACCUUUGAACCUCACGCGCCUCGAAUCAGCCUGGACUCCAAGAAGGUGACGGCAACACAGAGCUUUGCUGCUGCGCUGAAGGAGUUCCUGACUGAGAUCCUGAAGCAGCCUGUAGAGGACAGACUGCCCAUCCUGAAACCAGAACUAAACAGUGAACUAGUUGAAUCUGCUCCUGCUGGUCCUGGAAGUUCUGGACCUCAGCCUGAGUCUGAGAUAACCAAGCCUCCAAAGCAGAAGAGACCCCCCAGGUCCCACAGUCCAGGCCGUCCCCCCAUCCAGCCUUUGUUCCGGGCUCCUGCGUUUCCUCCUCAGUUUCCAGGGCAACAUGGAAACUUCAGACCACCACCACCUCUUGGCUAUUAUGGGGGUCCUCGGUUUAUGGGAGGACCAAGACCAAGGGCUUAUGGGGGAUUUACACCUGUCAGCCCUGGAACUUACCAGGAACCUGAGCCCCAACAGAUCGAUCCAGGUUCUCAGGCCAAAACCGGCUCCAAGAAGAAGUCUCAGAAACAAAAACCUUCCCAAGCAACAGAAGUCAACAUGGGAAACAAGACCAAAGCCUUGUCAGUGGACGACCUGCUGGACUUUGGUGUGAAAGACAAACUGAGAGCGUGUCCUCCUGAAUCCAUCCUGAAACCAGAAACGUCAGACGUUCCCCCCAGCAUCACGUCAGCUGAGAAGAGGACGGAGCUCCUCAAGUAUGGAACGAUCCUCACUCUGGACCCGAAGACGGCCCACAAACGCAUCGCUCUGAGUGAGGAGCUGACCCGGGCCUCCGUGUCCGACGCACACUCAGAUUACCCAGAAUGCCCUGAGCGCUUCGCCGUGUGCUCCCAGGUGCUCUCCACCAAGGGUUUCUCCAGAGGACGCCACUACUGGGAGGUCCGCCUCAGCAGCAGUAACUUCGUGGGCGUGGGCCUGGCCUACAGCAGCAUCGACCGCAAGGGUCCCAGCAGCCGUCUGGGCCGCAACGCCCAGUCCUGGUGCGUGGAGUGGUUCAACGUCAAGCUGUCGGCCUGGUACAACAGCAGCGAGACGGUGCUGGUCAACCCCAGCCCCAAGCGGGUGGGCGUGCUGCUGGACUGUGAGGAGGGCACGGCCACCUUCUACAACGUGACGGACAGAGCCUACCCCUUCCACUCCUUCGUCUUCCCCUUCGCUGAGGCGGUGUUCCCAGCCUUCUGGAUCUUCUCCAGCGGAUCCUCCGUCUCCCUCUGCAAGCUGCAGGCCUGAGAGAAGAGUCACAGAGGCCACAUGUACAGGUGCAUCUCUAUUAAUAUACAAUAUGAGUCAUAUAGAAGUCACACAACUGUUGAGUCAUAUAGAUGGAAAUACGUUUCAUAUUUAACCCAUUUAGGUCUAAAACGGCUGUAUAAACUGCCUGUAAAACCUCUGAUUGGUGAUUUUAAAAUCAGCCCCUAAAACCUGAAGUUUUUCUGUAAAUCCAACAGAAGUGUCAACUCUUCUACUAAAUAAUAGAUUUUUCAGCCUCUGUAGCAGAUAGAAAUGAAAUAAAGAAAAAAGACACAAAUUGUCUAAAAAAUGACAUAAAAUUACAAAAAAAAAGACACAAAAUUACAUAAAAUUAGCAAAAAGAGACACAAAUUGACCCAAAAAUGACAUAAAAUUACCAAAACAGACACAAAAGAACCAUUCCAGGACCGUUUAGGACCACCAGGUGUGUUUAAGUACCAACUGGACUGAGAGCAACAAUAAGGGCUGAACAGGCUGAUUUUAUUCUGGUUUCUUCUGGAGUUAGAAGCAGCAAAAUUAAUCCUUUUAACCCAUUCAGGCCUAAAACGGCUGUAAAAACACCUGUAAAACCUCUGAUUGGUGAUUUUAAAAUCAGCCCCUAAAACCUGAAGUUUCUCUGUAAAUCCAACAGAAGUGUCAACUCUUCUACUAAAUAAUAGAUUUUUCAGCCUCUGUAGCAGAUAGAAAUGAAAUUCAUAAAUUAUCUGAGAGCUUAUAGCUGUUAUAUCUGAGCUCCCUCCGCUAUAGUCGUCUUCACCAUGAUUUAUAAGUUCUGGAAAAGUCCCAUGAUGCAUUGGGACACUCCCACAUGGAUUCUGAUGCAUUUCAUUGGCCAAGAGACCGAAAAUAGGUGGAAAAAACUACAAAUACUACAAAACCACGUGUCCUCUUUCCUCUUUAAUGGUAGAAUAACACAACAGCUCCAACAGGUUUUAAUGGUAGAAAUGAGGUAAUGCUUUCCCGCCUUAAAUGGGUUAAACAGACUUUUUAAAAUUGGUCUUUUGCAAUAUUCACAUUUUUUUGAGACACUGAAUUUUAGGUCUUGAUUAAAUGUAAGCCAUAAUCAUUAUAAUUACAAGAAAUUACCUAAAUUGAGACAUUAAAUGUUUCAUUCUGUGUGUAAUGGAUCUAUAUUAUGUUUUCUUUCCAUUUCUCAAAUUGAAUUACCGACAUAAAUAAACUUUUCUGUGAUAUUGAGAUGCACCUGUACACAUAUUAAGGCUUCACGAUCAAUAAUGUAAAAAAAAAAAAAAAAGCUUUGCUAGUUUUACUCAUAAAGCCAUAAAGUCUUGA